AUGACCGUCCACUGCAUCCGCAUCGAACGGCAGGCACGCGCCUCCUCCGACCUCUCGUCCCCGUUAAAAUCCCCUUCGCCCCUUCUUCCAAUCCCCGCACCAAUCACCACCACUCCUCCAAUCCGACAAUUUCUCGCAGCUCGAACCAAGGCGAGUUCGUCGGCGACCAUGUCCGGGCGCGGCAAGGGAGGCAAGGGGCUCGGCAAGGGCGGCGCCAAGCGCCACAGGAAGGUGCUCCGCGACAACAUCCAGGGCAUCACCAAGCCGGCGAUCCGGCGCCUCGCUCGGAGGGGCGGCGUGAAGCGCAUCUCGGGGCUCAUCUACGAGGAGACCCGCGGCGUCCUCAAGAUCUUCCUCGAGAACGUCAUCCGCGACGCCGUCACCUACACCGAGCACGCACGCCGCAAGACCGUCACCGCCAUGGACGUCGUCUACGCGCUCAAGCGCCAGGGCCGCACCCUCUACGGCUUCGGCGGAUAG